AUGUUCGAAUGCACCUGCGAAGUGGACUACAUCCCACCCUUCAUGAUCGCAAUUCUGGUAGCGAAAUGGGUCUCGGAUGCGUUGAGUAGUGAGGGCGUGUAUGAUCUCGCGCAGACGGUAUUGGAACGUCCGUUUUUGGAUCCGGAGCAUGCCUUGGGCAUUCUCAAGGCUAGGAGACUUAUGGUCGCGGGGCUUGUUCUGGUUGAUGGCGAUGGGAUGUUGCAUGGGUAUCUUGCAGAAGGAGAACUGGACUUCGCUAUCCAUGAAUAUAGCGUGCUCAAGGAUGACGAAUCGGUCGACUUGUUGCAGGGUCCUCUCUCGGCGUUCGUUGAUCGGACACCUUUGACGAUCUGCGCCAAAGCACCAAUGGAGUAUGCUGUUGAGAUGUUUGGGAAACUGGGAUUGAAAUAUCUAGUUGUGAUCGAGGAAGGGACUGCGAAAGUUGUUGUACUGUUUUCAAGUUUACACACCGCAACAACCACAACAGCCAGUCCUAGCCAAUUAUUAUCUGCACUCCUCUGCGCCGAACCAACAUUCGAGUCUUUGAAGGGAGAGCUAUUCGUCGAGUCUUCCGAUUGUGCAGAAGAGAUCUUACUGGCCCCUUCCCCACCAGAGCUCGUCGAUGCAGGUGCUAUUUUCGUGGUUACCGGCGAAGUGCUCAAGCUGCUACUGCUCGCUACUCCUGAAGUCGGGGAAACAGAUGAUGAUAACGUGGAACUUGUGGAUGCAGAUAUCAAAUUCGUUAACAGCGAGCCAGAAAGCGUACUUGUUCUCUCAAUCGUGACCGGAAACACAAGUGUCAACGUCGACCCUCCCUGUGCUGUAGUGAUCGUAGCAGUCGAUACGGAAUACUCGAUAUACUCUGAUGACCCCGGAGUAGUAGAGGCCACCGCUGCACUCCCACUCGUUUCACCGCCCAUCGUAACCGUCGUCGUAACCUGA